CAUUGUGCGUGCGUUAUGUCAAAUGAUUGUUUCGAUUGUUUCGGUUUGCUUUCAUUGCAUUUGUAAUCCAAGUUUUCUGUGAAUAUAGCGUUUAUUGAUAUUUGUAUCGUUAAAAUAAAUGUUAAGAAUAUUAUGCCUUGAAAACUGACCCAGUCGCUUAACCGAUUACGCUACCAAGAUGAUGAUAACAAUCCAUGGAUUUCCUGCUAAGACAAAAUAUCAAGAUGUGAAAAUUCUGGUGAAGCAGGAAUGUAAUAUAAACGAUUUUAUUCUUGAUAAUCUCGUUAAUGACCAAGAUGGUACGAAGAAAGUUAGGAUUGGUCUCACGGACAACUCUGAAGGGUAUAGGCUGAUGAAGUGCCUCGAUGGCUACCGGAUGGCCGGCAACUUUGUAUUGAAAGCUGUUCCAGUUGGGAAAGCUGCUGCAACACUUUCGCAACCAGCUCCGUUUGAAACCCAACCAAGCUACCAAAAUCAACCCAGGAGCGACUACUCCAAUGCACCCAGAAAUGACUACAUUAGACCCACUAAUGAGUAUAGUGACCAAGGGCCUCAUGGUGGACCUCACAGCCACGCUGCCCAGGUGCACGGUGGACCUCAUAGUGUAGCGGGACCUCAUAAUUCAGCGCCCCAUGGAGCUCGAGCUUCUCACAUACAGAGUGUACCUCAUGGGUCUGGACACCAAGGUGGGAUAGAUCCUAUGGGUCGGCCGUCACCCUGGGCGACUGCUAGCAGUAAUCAGAACCAGUGGAGUUCCAAUGCACCAGUAGCAGCCCAAGUACCUCAGAACACCUACAGUUAUAAUUCGACGCAAGCUGUGAACACUGGGUUUGGGCAUCAGCAUCAAGGGCACCCCCGCCCUGAAAUGCGCGCAGGCUUCAACCAAGGCAGGGGCCCAGACCAGGGUUACGGGUUCCCAGCGAAAAGCAACAUUCCUGAAGGGCCGCCCCGGCAGGUAGAAACCCGCUCAGCUCUCAGAAGUAUCGAGACAGUUGACACUAGUGUCACCAACCCGCCGAUACAUAGCCGGUAUCCGGCUAGCCAGCCUUAUCAGGAUAAACCGGUUCUCAUAAUGAAGGACAACUUCCAAGGGCCGACGCAAUACAAUAUAAGCAACCCCGGGGGUCAGUCGGGUGGUCACUCUGGCACUCACUCGGGACCAAGCAGUCAUCAGUCGCAGUACCCGCAAGCUGCCCCAAUGCCUUGGGAAUCGCAGUCGCAGCAGCCAAAAUCUUUCUCGAAACCGUCUCCAACACCUUACGAGAAACAGUAUGACGAUAGGAAAUAUCCCCAACCGGAGCGAGAGGUCAAAAUCCAGCCAUUCAAACCAGACCCUCAGGAUCGAACAUACAAAGACUACGAGAAACGAGGCUUUUCACCCAGACGAUCUCCUCAUAGACGGGUAACACCAGAGAGAAGGGUUUCUCCCUCAUUGAGGAGAAUUUCCCCUUCUGGUAGGAGAAUUUCCCCCUCUGGUAGGAAGUUUUCUCCCUCGGGUAGGAGGAUUUCCCCGCCGGGUAGAAGAAUUUCUCCCAGUGGUAGGAGAAUUUCCCCCUCUGGUAGGAGGAUUUCCCCCUCUGGUAGGAGAAUUUCUCCCACCGGUAGGAGGAUUUCCCCGUCUGGUAGGAGAAUUUCACCUAGUGGAAGACGGGUUUCUCCACAUGCGAGGAAGUUUUCGCCGCCAGUUAAGAGAGUUUCGCCUGACCGUCGCAUACCAGGUCACCCCGCCAUGCACCCUGCACGUCGCGAGUCUCCUCCUCACAAGAGACUGUCUCCCGGAAGACGCCUGGUGUCUCCUCCUCGGAGGCCUUCACCAGGGAGGCGGGAUUCACCGACUAGGAUGAACAGAUACUCUCCGGAGCGCCACCAUUCAGAAAAGUUAGACAAGUAUGGACAAGACAAAGUGAAGCAAAUCCGCCCAGCAUACGAACCGACCGCCCAUGCUUCAAACCAAGCUAUGUACUCAGGUGGUUACCGGCAGGAGCCGCGCGACGUUCAGUAUCCCAUGCAGGGCAUGAGGCAAGCGGAACCGCGCACUAACCCCUGGCAGAGAGACAGGGAGGACCCUGCAGGCCCCAUGAAGAAGCAAGACGACGAUAGGCGAGAUAUGUCCAGAAUGCAAAUAGGAAGGGAGCGCAUACCUGAAGCAGCUGUCGACUCCAAACGCACUCUCACCCCACAAAGGAAGUCCCGUUCACCAGUUCGACGUGACAGAUCUCCCCUUCGCGAUCGCUACAAAAGAAACUCCCCUUCUCCCCGGUCGUCGCACUCCCCGCGCCGCUCCUGGGCCCUGGAGAAACGUCGCAGCCCCGAGAUACGCGACGCGCCACCACCACCCUCCUGGCCUGGACAGAAUGUACGCGACAACGACUACCCUCGCACCAGCCGCUCCAACUUCCCUGAAAGAGAUCAGAGCGAAAAUACCAAACGAGCACCUGUAUGGGAACGACCCUUCGAAAAAGAUGAAGAUCCUCGUGCAAGACGUCCUGAUAAUAGUGAAAGGAGACCAUUUGCCGACGAGAAAAUCCGGCCUGCUAAGGAAAUACAAAUACCAGCAAGACAGCCGGUGCCGCACAUGCAAGGCGAGCGCAUUGUUCAAAGGGAACCAAAAUUCACUUCACGCGAGGAUUAUGAAGCCGAACGCCGCGAUAACUACCGUCGGCGUGAACCCUCGCCUGAACGGAAGCCACAUCCACAAAGGGAAGACUACGAGUCUCCCCGAAGAGCCAGAGAGCACGAGGAACGCCCACAUCCAAACGAAUACCAUCGCAGAAGGGAACCGUCACCGCGGCACGAAGUCAGGAAAGAAGAACCUAUGAGCUCAAAUAUCGAUAAAGACUUCGAGGAUAUCUACAAAAAAGCAUUGAUGUUCAGAAAGAAAGCGGAGGAGUUGCGCAGAAUUGGCUCGAAACGUAGAGAGGACUUUGAUACGGAAGAUGAGCGCAGUCGCAGUCAUCACGGUGAGAGGGAACGCGAGGAAGCACCUAGAGCCCAACGUUACGAAGACCGACACAGAUUCCGCGAGGAAGAGAUGCAUCGGCCGAGAGAACGCGACGACAGGCCGCGUCACGACGAGCGACCCGACGACGUACAGCGCCGACAAGAUUACAGGCCACGAGAGGAGUACAAACAAGCUGAUCACGACCGUGAACGCGAACGUGUCGUCGAAAGACCCAAGCGUGUCACAUUAAGCCCCGCCAGCAAAGCGAAGCGCGAAAAAGCCGUAGAAGAUAUAUGCAAGAAAAUAGUUGAACGACACGAGAUGUUGAGACAGCUGAAAGGGGAGCAAAGGAACCGUGUCCUCGAUGAAUUACAGCUGUCUAUCGCGAGGAUUGUGGCAGAUAUGUUCGGGAGCAAUGAUGUCUCGUUCAUAGAGAUCAUUAUUAAGUACCAAGCGAAGUAUAAUAUGAAGGACGAAGAGAAAAUAUUGCAGGAUGUCAUGGCUGCGCUCCCCAGCCCGUUCAGGAUUAUCAAAAGGGACGCACAAGAAAUGUCAGAGGUUCCCGCCAAGAUCGCGAAACGUUCUCCGAGCCCCAACUUGAAACCUGAACCUGCUCUGCGGCCUAGGUUAGCCGAAUCUAGAUGGAACAUAAACAUGAUGCCUCCAGAAUUGGUGACUCUGCCGAUGCUUGGUAUGCAGCAGCAUAUGCAACCUUCUAUGAACCCAGCUAUAGUGCCAAUGAUGGUGCCCGCACCAUUCAUGAACCCCUAUGACAAUCUACCGCAGAAUCCCGUAUUCGCCGCGCCCAAGCCCCCACUCUACCAACAGCAGAUGCGGCAACAACCCCCCGAACCCUCGUCACGUGACGAACCUUACAAACUUUACUUGUGUAAAGACGAUUUCGAUCAGAUUUCAGUCAUGCAAGCGGACAUGUUGAAAGACUUCCUCAUUUCCCAAAUGUUUAAUCAGACAGAGGUAUCCCAGGGCUGGGCUCCGGACCUCACUCUUAAAGGUUUGCAGAGUUCACACAGGUACGAAAUCUUGACGACAGACGAGAGCACUCGCGACUGGAUCAUCAACUUGGACUUUAGCCAGUUCAAGCCGUUCAACGUCAUAGUGUACACGAAAGAGGAGCUGUGGUACGAGCGAGCCGCGGUGUGGCUGCCCGGACACUCACGCAGCCGCAACAUCGAACCGCUCGAGAAACUCAAACUGCAGAACAGACGCCUCGAAGGCGUCAACAUUUCAAAAUGGAAAUUCGUCAAAAAAAUCGUCACCAACAAAGGAACUAGGCUCUAUGUAGACAUGCCCGUGGCUUCCGCGCGCGCUAUCGAAAAAAAUAAACUGAUGCUCAGCUACGAGCUGCAAAAGGUGAACGUGUUUUUGAAAGCGGUCGCCGUUGACAAGGACGCGUUCGACGCCGGUCUCAAGGAGCCCUCGGUAGUAGAUGUCGGGGAGAUCUCCGCGGCCGUUCAGAACUCGCCCAUGCCUUCACUCACUUACGAUCCCAGCCUCGUUAAAAUCACUCUCAAAGGUUGCAAAAGUCUUACUCUCAUGCAGGCACGUAAAAUAAAAGAAUGUCUCAUUUACCAUCUGUUCAGAUAUCACCAACAAAAUGGGACAUCCAGAACAGAUUUUCUGAAAUACGGCUUUUUCCCGCCGAAUUGUUUCGGAGUAGUUCCACAAAAUCCGGAGUCUAAAAAGUGGUUGUUAAGUCAAUAUUUAGGUAAAGUUAACCGCCAAGCUAUAGUCGUUUUGGGCGGUGAGGACGAAAACACGCGGUUCUUUAAGAUGACGGUGGUCGUGCCGAACGAACAUCAGAUUAAUCCUGCAGUUGUUGCAGAAAGGUUAAAGCAAAGUAAUCAAGGUGUGAAGGGGAUCAAUUUUAACAUCUGGAAGCCUCUGAAAAUAGUUCCUGAUAGGAAGAAGGCUAAGCUCGACCUAGAUAUAGACUUGGAGUCGUUGGAGACUUUGUCCAAGAUGCAGUAUCAGCUAGAUUACGUGGAUCACGAGAAUACGUCUCACACGGUGUAUUUCAGGUCUGAGUAUUCGCAGUCUCGGCUGGAAGAUAUGAUCAAUAAGUAUAAGGCAGAAAUGGAGGAUAGUUACGACAUUGCUAACAUGGACUUAGAUUCUGAUUUUGAUGGUGACGAUGUCAUUUGCUUAGAUUAAGUAUUUUUGCACUAAAUAAUUGUUAUUUAGGCUCACCGUAGAAUAUAGUUAAGGAUUGGAUGAUUCAAUAAAUAAAUUAAUUUAAAA